AUGAAGCUUUGCAACUCUAGUGUGAAGGCACCUGAACCAUUCAAUUCUAGUGUAAAGGCACCUGAACCAUUCAAUUCUAGUGUAAAGGCACCUGAACCAUUCAAUUCUAGUGCGAGUGCACCUGAACAAUUCAGUUCCAGUGUGAAGGCAACUGAACCACUCAAUUCUAGUGCGAAGGCACCUGAACCAUUCAAUUCUAGUGUGAAAGCACCUGAACAAUUCAGUUCUAGUGUGAUGGCACCUGAACUACUCAGUUCUAGUGUGAAAGCACCUAAACAAUUCAAUUCUAGUGUGAAAGCAUUUGAACCAUUCAAUUCCACUGUGAAUGUACCUGAAACAUUCGACUUUAGUGUGAAGGCACUUGAACCUUGCUUUUCUAGUGUCCAGACACCUGAACUAUCGAACAGGUUGUGA